UUUUUUAAGAAAACCCUUUUGCACCCCAAAGUCCACCUUCCACCACUUCUGAGCCACAGAAGUCCGGCUGCUCGGUGUCGGGCUGUUGUCCCCACGAGCCACUUCGUGAGGCUUUGUGUGACCCCGAGGAGGGUGGGCCAUGCUUCCUGAGCCCCCAAGGCGGAGCCCCUCCCCCUGUGGUGACCGCCGAGGGGCACUGCACACGCCCUGUCUGGCCCGUCUCUCUGCAGAGCCCCCAGACCUCCGGUGGUACGUUCUUGUGGCGACCACGAAGCGUGUUUACACACACUCAUACAUGCGGCUCUGGUUCGCAUCCUUUGACUCCCGGCCGUCUGCCUUUCGGUGAAAGCAGGAGACGGGCUGGACCAAAGGCUGUAGGGAUGGAGGAAGUGGGAUGGAACCGGGUCCUGGAGCAAAGCAGGCCAGAACCGCAGAGUCCGGGGUGGAGACGGGAAAGGAGGUCCCGAGGCCGCUCAGCCCCGUGGGCCGGGCUUGCCCUUCUCUCCCUCCUCUAGCCAGGCCAAUAAGAGGAAUCUGGGGACACCGAGAAGAGCAGAGCAGCCACAGCCAAGAGAACGACAUGGAAAGACAAUGUCAAGGAAGGAGUCCCGGGGGCCGCUGGGUGGUCCAGCGGAUAGAACCGGGUCCGAGUCUUUGCUUCCAGGUGGGAAAGGGAGCAGGAGGAAGCCGCCUGGGUGUGGAAUGGGGAGAGCUCUGAUUUCUGCCGGCUUUCGACUGGGUGACCACCCCAAGCCACUGAGGCAGCCGCUGAGCCUGGAGCCAGAAAGACCCAAGUUCAAAUCCAGCUUCAGAGACAGCCUUGAUGUAUGGCCCUGGGCAAGUCACUUAAGCCCUGUCUGCCUGUUUCUUCAUCUGCAGAAUGGGGCUAGUAAUAGCAAUAGGGCCACCCUCCCAGGGUUGCUGUGAGGAUCCAAAGAGAUAUUAAUUGCAAAGGGCUUAGCCCAGGGCCCUCGGUCAGCCUCUUCAGAAAUGUUAGCCGUUAAUUCCAUGAGCCUGCUGGGCCUUGGGUUCGAGCCCAGAUCAAAUUGGACUGGAAUGAUGGAGGUGGAGGAGUGCUUGGCUCUCAGUCAGGAAGACCCAAGUUGAACUCCUGCCUCAUCAGGAGGCCCUGAACAAGUCACUUGACCAGUGCUCGGGGGUGCCUGUUGCCUUGGCUUGACUCAGUUUCCCUCCAUGUAAAAUGAGGAUAGUAACAGCUUCACAGGAUUGGAGUCCCACUGAGGUCUGUUAAGGACUUUGGCUCCCUCCCAGCACUGAGUGGGCUUGGCCUUGCCCCUGGCCUGCCUUGGGGAUCCGGGAGUUCCCCAGUUCCCCUUCUCUUCCUCAGUUCCUAGGCCAGAAUGAGGGGCUGCCCUGAGCUCUGCUUUGGCUUUAGGGGAGACAGACUGCCUUCCUGGAGCCCAGACUGCUCCGACUUUGGGGGGGGGGGGUCACACAAUAAGGACUAGGAGCGGGAGUUGAACCCAGGUCCUGGGGCACCAGCUUCUGCUCUUUCCACCCAACAGGUACAGGGCUGCCUUGAGGCUCAAUCUAUGGACCUGCAUUUAUUAGGCUCCUACUGUGUGCCAGACCUCUAGGCGAGGAAGCCCCAAACAGAGGCCUCCCGACUCUUUUUUGUUCCCAGGGAGGGGAGUCUGGCGGGAGGGAAGGUCUGUGGAGAAGGAUGCGCUCCAGCUGGGUCUGGAGGGCGGUGGUCCUCCGGGGGACUUGGGACUCGGAGCUCCUGCCCUCCCCAGGACCCAUCCGCGUUUACUACACUCAAACCCAAAGCAAGUCGCCGCGCGGCCCCGCGAGCCUCGGGGUACAGGCGCGGGCAGGAGAGGCAGGCAAGGGUGCGCGGAGACUCAUCAGAGGCAGCCUCGGGAGCGGGGCCUCACUUCUCCAGGCUCAAGACAGAUGACGACCCAAAAGGGUGGCGGGAUCGGGCUCCGCGGGGCGGCGGAAGGAGACUGCCGGCAGGGGGGCUGCCGGGGAGGUCUCGCUCUUUCCCUUAAAACCCCCGCCGGGGGAGGGGGGCUGCCGGGGAGGUCUCGCUCUUUCCCUUAAAACCCCCGCCGGGGCAGGGGACACCCGGAGGAAAAUUACAGCUGCUCCGGGGCGGGCGGAAAAGGGAACGACGAGGAUGGGAUUCGAACCCACGCGUGCAGAGCACAAUGGAUUAGCAGUCCAUCGCCUUAACCACUCGGCCACCUCGUCCCGCCGCGGGCUCGCUCCUCUCCGCAGCCCCUUGUCCCUGCGCCCGCCGGCAGCCCGCGCUGGGCGAGCCUCCUCCCUGGCCCCAAGCCCUCAGCGACUAGGAAGCGAUGCGGGAACUUCGGCCCGGCCCGGGAGGCGUGUGGCAGGGCCAGGUGAAAGCGGGAGGGGGGAGGAGGAGGAGGAAGAGCUCCUCGCCUUCUUCCUGCCCUUCUCGGUCCCCAACCCAGUCCAACCUGCAAGUGAGCGCGGCCUCCCGCGGCCCCCUUCCCAGGAGAAUGGUGGCAGCGGGGACCGCCGGGGGCCACGCUGUCACCCUGGGGUGAGGGAGGGCGUGUAAAGGCAGACCGGCACCGGCACCGGCCCGUCCCCCCGCAGGUCCUGGGGUACAGACUGGGUGCGCCCCCCCUUCCGCCCGCUACUUUCUGAUUUUUUAACCAGGGGUGGGGAGAGGGGGAUCGGGGCGCCCCCCGCCCCCGGUACCCGUGUUGGCCCCGGGGCGCGCGCGCGCACGCAUGUACGUGUCCGCAGACCAGCACACGGGCUCUUUUUUCACGGGAGCACCGUGGCGCGGAGGCGCCGCGGCUGCAGUGAGUCCUCCAGCUGGGCAGAGGGCGAGCUCGCGCUCCCUGCCGGCUGCGCAGUGCCGGGGCAGCGACAGCUGCAGGAGCAGCUGCUGGAGGGGCAGGGACAGCGGCAUCACCGUCCGCUCGGCUCGGCUCGGCCCCCCGCCGGGCCUCCCUCCCUCCGUUCCUCCGUCCUCCCUCGGUCCCGGGCUGCGCCGCCAUGCCGAUGCCGGGCGCGGGGGUGGCGGCGUUGGCGGCGGGCGGCGGCGGCGGGCACUCGGCGGCCCGCUGCUCGGCCUACAAGCUGGCGCUGGCGGCGCUGCUGGCUGUGGCACUGCUGCAGUUCGUCUACCUGUCGCUGCUGGCCGGACUGCACGGGCGCGAGCAGCGGCGCCGCUACGGGCAGCUGUUCCCCGGCGGGGCGGCCCUAGGUGCCAGCCUGCAGCGCCGCGCGGCCGAGAGCGCCAAGGAGCAGCUGCGCGCCGUGCUGGCCGCGGGGGGCGCCCUGGAUGCCAGCGGCGACUACCGCGUGUACCGGCACGUGCUGGGGGACCCUUCGCGCCGGCCACGCGACGCCGUGCUCCUGGCCACCCACGCCAGCCUCAGCAAUCUGGGCCACGUGGGCACUCUGCUGGAGCGCUGGGCCGGCCCGCUGGCCGUGGCAGUGUUCGCAGCGCGGCCCGAAGAGGCGCAGCUGGCCACGGUGCUGACGUACGCGCUGGGCGCCCUCUGCACCGAAGCCGUCCGGGACCGCCUCACCAUGCACCUCGUGUGCCCCGCGCGCACCGAGGCUGCCGUGCCGGACCCCCGCGAGCCGGGCGAGUUCGCGCGCAUCAGCAGCUGCACGGACGUGUUCACGAGCAUGGGCGCCCGCAGCCGCUCGGGCCGCAACUACGCGCUGGCCACCAACGUCUCCUACCCCAACAACCUGCUUCGAAACGUGGCCCGGGAGGGCGCUGGCCACGCCCUCGUCGUGGACGUGGACAUGGUGCCCAGCGAGGGGCUCUGGCCCGGCCUGCGGGACCUGCUGGCCCAGGGCGAGGGCAAGGCCGGCCGGGCGCUAGUUGUGCCUGCCUUCGAGAUCCGUCAGGGGGUUCGGGUCCCCCGCACCAAGAUCGAGCUGAUGCGGUUCCUUAAGAUGGGCCACGUGCGCCCCUUCUAUGCCGAACUGUGCCCCCGAUGCCAGGCGCCCACCAACUACACUCGAUGGCUCACCCUGCCCCCAGGGGGCCCCCUGCGCCCUGCCUACCGGGUGACCUGGCAGGACCCCUGGGAGCCCUUCUAUGUGGCCGGAGGCGCAGUGCCCUCCUUCGAUGAGAGGUUUCGCCAGUAUGGUUUCAACCGCAUCAGCCAGGCCUGUGAGCUCCACGUGGCCGGUUUCGAGUUUGAGGUGCUGAAUGAUGCUUUCCUGGUCCACAAGGGCUUCAAGAUGCCGGGGGAUUUCCACCCCCAGAAGGAGGCAGAGAAUCAACGCAACAAAGUCCUCUUCCGCCAGUUCAAACAGGACUUGAAGAUGAAGUACCCGGAUUCUCCCAGGCGGUGCUGAGCUGCUGGCCCACCUACCAGGCAGCCUCCGCAGGCAGGGCUGGGGCCUUUGGCUCUUCAGGUUUCCCCCUCAAGCCUGUGGGAGGCACGAGGGGCUAACCCAGUCCUUCACCCUGGGGGUGGGCCUUUUUUAGGUGGGUGAUGAGCACUGAGGUGACAAAGCCAAGAGGUAAGAUUCCUUGUGGGGGCAGGGACAGGAAGGGGUGAGUGGGGACUUGGGGGGAAGAAAUGAGCUUCAGUUCAGGAAGCUUGACUUGCGGGUUCGGAGAGAGCAGCCAAAAGGCCUUCAUUCUUCUCCCUUUGCAUAUCCCUAGGUCCCUGCCCUUUGUCUCCACCACUUACCUUGGGCCACUCUCCUCCCCUCAGCACUAAAACGAGAGUUGGACUAGAUGACCAAGGUCCCUUUCACCUCAGAAUCUGAGGGUUUAAGGGAAAGAAGGAAGUUGGGAGUCCUGGAUGAUGGCCCCAGCACUGCCUCGGACUUGCUCUGUGACUUUGGCCAAAUCCCUUCCUCUCUCUGAGUCUCAACUGACAUGUCUGUAAAAGGAGAGAAUUGGACUAGAUGACCUGUAAGGUUUGGUACCUGGGACUGGUACAGCCCUGGGAAUCAGAAUGGGUGGGGAAGGAGCCCCAUGGGUGAGAGGAAACCCCCAUCCCAAACAGAUGCAGAGCCAGGAGUUUUCAUUUGGAUCAUAAUAUGCCAAUAAACCAGUGUUCACGUGGA